GUGCGGAAAGUCAUCUCCCCACGUCAGUUUGCUGAGCGAGUGUGUUUAUAAAUUCCGCGGAAAAAGUGCAUUUUCCUCGACGAAAAAGUAAUGAGUCAACAGUGAGACUGAGUAAGUGCUUAGGUGCAAUAUAUCAGUAGUAAGAGUAGCAUAUCUAAGCGGAUUUCGGGGACGCGACGGCAUAUAAAAGCGCCUCCGGCUUUGCGACGUAGUUCAACACACACAAGAGAGAGAGAGAGAUGAAAGUGGAGUGCUUCCUGUUUAUUGUGGCCACGCUCUUUGUGGCCGUAUUGUCGGCGACCACGCACAAGCACACGCACAGCAGCAACAAGGAGCGGAUGGAGGAUGGCUCGUAUAGUCCCAAGAAUGCGCACCACUUCGACGGCGGCGAACAUCACUCGGAGUUCGACCAUGAAGCCAUCCUGGGCAGCGUGAAGGAGGCCGAGGAGUUCGACAAUCUGACUCCGGAGGAGGCCCAGAGGCGCCUGAGUGUGCUGGUGCUGAAGAUGGACCUGAAUACGGACGGAUUUAUCGACAGGCACGAGCUGAAGGCGUGGAUCUUGCGGUCGUUCAGGAUGUUGUCGCAGGAAGAGGCGAAUGAGCGCUUCCAGGAUGUGGAUGAGAAUGGGGAUGGACAGGCGUCGUGGCAUGAGUACAUGAAGGACACGUAUGGACUGGAGUCGGAGUUUGAGGUGCGUGACUCUGAUGAGCAGUACGCCGAGGAGGAGAGCAAACUCAUCCAAGACGACAAGGUGAUGUUCAAGGCGGCGGACAAGAAUGGCGACGAACUGCUCUCGCCGGAGGAGUUUGUCGUCUUCCUCAGUCCCGAGGAGCACCCCGAGAUGCUGCCUCUCAUCCUGGAGCAGACGCUGCGGGAGAAGGACAAGGAUGGUGAUGGGAAGAUUGACUUCAAGGAGUUCGUGGGCGAUUCCGCCAAGCAUCACGACAAGGAGUGGCUGCUGGUGGAGAAGAAUAGGUUCGACAAUGAGCACGACAAGGACGGCGAUGGUGUUCUCAAUGGCAAUGAAAUUCUGGCCUGGGUUGUGCCGAGCAAUGAGGACGUUGCCAGCGAUGAAGUUGAUCAUCUGUUCGCCUCAUCUGACGACGAUCACGACGACAGGCUGUCCCAUGAGGAGAUUAUCACCAAUUAUGAGACAUUUGUGGGCAGCGAGGCGACAGAUUACGGCGAUCAGCUGCAGAACAUCCAACACUUCAGCGAUGAGCUGUAGAAAGGCGGCCAAGUGAUUAUUCUACCUCCACAAACAGCCAUUAAUUAAUUGCCAAAUUCAAUAUUUAUUUUCGUAAGUAAACCACUGUAUUUAUUUCAAAUUACGUUUUAUGUAAAACACUUGAGUUUCUCCAUGACAAUUUUAUCCGCCUUAUCAAGAGCGCAUUAUCAGGCAUAAUUUACAUAGUGAUUUAGAGAGACAAUUUAGUUUAUCAGUGAGCGAUUUUCCCCCAAUUAUUUGAUAUCUUUCACUCUUUAUUCUAUUAAUCCAUUAAACUUACAUUUGAGA